GGAUGAGAACUUUUAAGAUCUACGCUCAGCAACUUUCAAAUAUGCAGUCCAGCACUGCUAGCUGUAGUCAGCCUGCCGUACGUUACUUCUCCGAGGUGUGUUUGUUUUACAACCAGCAGUUUGCUCUCUUUGGCCCCACAUCCUCCCUCCCUCCGCAACUACUGCCUGGCCUUGCUCAUCUGCCUUUGUGUGUCCAUCAUCCGCGUCUGGGCUCGAGCGCCAGCUCCUCAGACAAGUCCCUGUUGCUCUCUCUGGAGGAGUGCUCUCUCAGACUCCGUCAGACCCGCCUGAUCAGGGCGGUCGGCCUGGCGUUUGAUGCUACUUGGAGCUACUUUUUUUUUUUUUUUUUGGUCAGCUUUUCGAGAACAAGAACAGUGUCUGUUUCUUUGUGUGUUCUCUGAGCCUAGACUGGAGCUUGGUGCGUGAGCAGAACUCCAGAACAGGUGGGGAACAGCGUGUGACUAAAAAUGCCGUCUGGCACGUGCAGCGUCCAGCACGCAUAACGGCAGAGUGCUCAGUGGCAGCGUGCUGACGCCACAGGCCCGUCACUGUGCUGUCGCCCAUGCAGCGGCGAAGACGCUGGCCCCGCCCUCAGGCUCAGCUGUGUGGAGCAGACACAGAGCAGCAGGCGGGGGGAGUGCAGCAAGGAGAGGCGGGUCCGGGAUGCUGCCUGGGCCCCUGGGGUGUGGGGGCAGCAGUGACCAGGCUGGGGAGGGGCACCUGCUGGCUGCAGCCGGCGGCCCUCUGUCUGGAGGGCCCGGGAGGAGUGGGGAGGGCAGUGGCCAGCCCGCUUCUCCCCUCCUGCAGGAAUUCUUCACAGACAACCUGUGGGCCACACUCCCAGGCUCAUGGCAGGAAGCGCUGGAUGGACUGAAGCCUCCCCAGCUGGCCACACAGCUGCUGGGGGUGCCCGGGGAAGGGGAAGUGGUCAGGUACAGCUCGGUGUGGCCCCUCUCCCUGCUCGCCCUGAAGUCCACAGCCUGUGCCCUGGCCUUUACCCGGACACCUGGGUUUCAGACCCCCUCCGAGUUCCUGGAGAACCCCAGCCAGAGCUCCCGCCUGACAGCUCCCUUCCGCAAACACGUCAGGCCCAAGAAGCAGCACGAGAUCCGGAGGCUGGGAGAGUUGGUGAAGAAGCUGAGUGACCUCACGGGCUGCACCCAGGUUGUGGAUAUAGGUUCAGGCCAGGGCCAUCUCUCCCGGUACAUGUCCCUGGGGCUGGGGCUGACGGUGAAGAGCGUUGAAGGGGAUCCGAGACUGGUGGAGAGAGCCCAGCGCCUGGACCAGGAGCUCCUGCAGGCUCUGGAGAAAGAGGAGAAGAGGCACCCACAGGUGGUCCUCGCCGGCCCCCGCUGCUCCCCACAACAUGUGGUUAGGUGGGUAGAGCCCACGGCCCUGUGCGAGGAGCUGCUGCUUCCCCUGGAGACCCUGCCUCGGGGCGGGGCCCGCCUGCUGCUGACUGGCCUCCAUGUGUGCGGGGACCUGAGCGUCGCCCUGCUGAGGCACUUCUCAUGCCCGGAGGUGGUGGCGCUGGCCUCGGUGGGCUGCUGCUACAUGAAGCUGAGCGACCCUGGUGGCUACCCGCUGAGUCAGUGGGUGGCCGGGCUGCCAGGCCACGAGCUGCCCUACCGGCUGCGGGAGGGAGCCUGCCACGCCCUGGAGGAGUACGCAGGGCGGCUGCGGAGAUCCGGCCCCGGCCUCCGCGCCCACUGCUACCGGGCAGCCCUGGAGACCGUCGUCCGGGGGGCCCGGCCUGAGCUCCGGAGGCCUGGCGUGCAGGGGAUCCCCAGGGUCCACGAGCUCAAGAUCGAAGAGUAUGUGCAGCGGGGGCUCCAGCGGGUGGGGCUGGACCCCCGGCUGCCGCUGAAUCUGGCCGCCCUGCGGGCCCACCUGUCCCAGGAGAACCGGGUGGUGGCCUUCUUCAGCCUGGCGCUGCUUCUUGCCCCACUAGUGGAGACGCUGAUUCUGCUGGACCGGCUGCUCUACCUUCAGGAGCAGGGCUUCCACGCUGAGCUCCUGCCCAUCUUCAGUCCUGAGCUCUCUCCUAGAAACCUGGUUCUGGUGGCUACAAAGAGGCCGCUGGGGGAAGCCUUCUCUCUUCUGGAGACUGAAGACCGCUGACAGACACCAUCUGAGACUACCCAGCCCCACCACUCAGAGCGCCAGCAUCCUCUACCCUUGUUCCGUGUUUGUGUUCUACAAUGUAAAGAUGUAUUUUUAAUUUAUUAAACAAGUGUAGUCUUCA